AUGCCUGCUGUGUCUCAAAUUUCUAGCGGCAUCUUCAAUGGCCUGAUGCGGAAAAACGCCACCUGGCUGACGACCAUCUUCCUUGGCGCCUUCACGUUCGAGCUGGCAUUUGAGGGUGUAACAAACUCUAUAUGGGACAAUUGGAACAAAGGUCGGCAAUGGAAAGACAUCAAACACCGAUACAUACAACAAGCUGAAGAAGAGGACGAGGAAGGGGCCGUGGCUUCGCCUCAGACAGACUUCAGCAACAUCUGUGUGACAACCCGUGAGCUUGCCAUCGAAAGAGUAUCGACAAUUUCGGUGUCGCAUCAUGAACGUUUGGUGGCGGCAUAG